CCCUGGUGACAAAUCACCAAAACUUUUUUGUGUUCUUUUCGAAAAAUUUUGCCACAAAUUAUUUUUUAAAUUUUCCACGAAUUUUAUUGAAUUCUUAAUUUUCUGUUUUAUUUUCGUGUAAAAUUGUGCAGCUUAUAGAAACCAAUUUUGAACUGGUUCAAGGGCGUUCUAAUAAACGCCUUAGGAAAGACAAAAGGUGAACGAGUGCGGACUAGCAUUGGAAUUUUGCAAUUGUGGGCUACGAAGUCUAUACCGAGUAAAGAUAGUGAAGAAAAUUUGUAGCAAUAGCAGCAAAUAUUGAAUCAAAAUGGUUGAUAAGUUUAUAAGCAUGUGGAAAGUGCGCGAAUUGGCUGAUAAAGUCACCAAUGUCGUUAUGAAUUACACUGAAAUCGAAGGAAAAGUACGCGAAGCAACAAAUGAUGAUCCUUGGGGACCCACCGGGCCACUAAUGCAGGAAUUGGCACAUUCAACUUUUUCGUAUGAGAGUUUUCCCGAAGUCAUGUCAAUGCUAUGGAAACGCAUGUUACAAGACAAUAAAUCCAAUUGGCGACGAACGUAUAAGAGCUUACUGUUAUUAAAUUACCUGGUACGUAAUGGUUCCGAGCGUGUUGUGACGUCAUCACGCGAACACAUUUAUGAUUUACGGUCGCUGGAAAACUAUACAUUCACCGAUGAAGGUGGCAAGGAUCAGGGUAUUAACGUUAGGCAUAAGGUUAGAGAAUUAAUAGACUUUAUACAGGACGACGAUCGAUUACGCGAAGAACGAAAAAAGGCAAAAAAGAAUAAAGAUAAAUACAUUGGAAUGAGCAGCGAUGCGAUGGGCAUGCGUAGUAUGAGUGCACAAAGUGGUGGUUAUAAUGAUUGGCGUGCGCAGCGUAGUGAUUUCGGUGACAAUUGGUACUCUGAUGCUCGUGGUGGUGAUCGUUAUGAAGAUGAGGAUGCACAAUACGAAGGUGAACGAGAGUACUCCGACAGUGAUUCACCCAGUCCGAGGCGAGCAAAUCGCUAUAAUGAUCGUUCUAGUCCCGCUGAAAUUGGCAUAGAAGCCAAGCCAAGUUCUAUUAACAUGAAUAUUCGCCCGAAAUCAGCGACUAACAGCUCUACGUCUAGCAUCACAAGACAACCAGCGGCGAAACCACCAAUGGGUAGUAAAAGAAUUGAUAUGGGAGCUGCAGCAAACUUUGGGAAAAUGUCACCCUCUGCGGCGGGUAUACAUUCCCCAACGCACCGUGAUACCCCCGUAGGUGGUGGAGAUGAUUUGAUUGGUGGCAACAGCAGCGUCGGUGGUAAUAGUACUGCAUCAUUAGCUAACAAUAAUCUUAUAGGCGAGCAACCACAAAGCAAUAUCAGCAAUACUAACAAUAAUUUAAUUGAUGAUAUCUUCAAAACAUGUGCGGCACCGAAUGACAAAACUUUGACAAGUGCCGCCGUAACAGCCGACGAUUUGGAUGAUUUCAACCCACGCGCAAUCGAGUCGAAGCAUUCGCAAGAGUUUGGAGAUUUUACUUCAGCCUUUGGUAGUAGUGCAUUACCGGAAUUGCCUUCGGCGAACAUAGCAGCAGCUGCUACGGAUGAGUUUGCCGACUUUUCAGCAUUCCAAGGAAGUACAACUUCCAACACUCUUAGCGGACUAGAUAAUAAAUUGUUAACAACGGCAACACCUGCUAAUGAAUCUUUUGAUUUGUUCAGCAGUUCCUCAACAGCUGCACCAACUGCAAGUGCAGCGUCUGGUACAGAUCUAUUAGCUGGCCUUGGUGAUCUGUCCAUUCAUCAAAGCAUGCCUAUGGACAAUAUUUUACCACCAAUAUCAAGCAGCAACAACAACCUACUCCAACCCAUCAGCGUCAAUAAUAAUCAACUGCAACAACAAGCAGCAACAAUAACAAAUAAUGCGGCAUCAUCAGCAACUGCUGCACAAAAUGUUGGUGCCACUUGGUCUGAGAACUUAAAGGAGGGUCAUCUUAAAAUCGAUUUGGACAACUUGUUGAAUAGCAAAUCGAAUAAACUCAAUGCGUCAGCGCCAUCGAUGAAUGCGUUAAAAACACAGAGUCCCACAAAAUCGGGCAACAACAACAAUGUGUCAUCUUCAACGGCAACCUUUAAUGCAUUUGUCGGCGGCACUGACAAUAAUGGCAUUUCGCCAUUGACGAGUCCUACAUUCGGUGCACCAGCAGCUUCACAACUAUCGACUGGCUUUCCAUCUGCUCCAAUGGGUAUGCCUGCCGCGUUCUUUGGCGCUACACCUCAAAACAUUCCACCGCAAUCACAACAACAACAACAACAACAGCAGCAGCAGCAACAAACGACAACAGCGUCAGCAGCAACAACACAAAUGUUUGCAAACUUUAGUGCAAUGAAUUUGGCACAGUCGCCGCAACAGCAAAAGAGCGGCGCAGGCAGUCAUAACAACAAUAAUCAACUGCAACAAGCGCAAGCCUUCGACAUAUUCCAAUGAUAUCUAAUAGCUUAAAUAAAUCAGAUAUAUGUAUACAUACAAAAAAUAUUAUUUACUGUAUAGUUUUGAUACACAUAUUUUUUUCUGCAAUUUCUUCCCUCCUGCAACUGCAAUAUUCAAUACUAUUAUUAUUAUGAUUAUCUGCUUGCGUUGAAUGUCGGUUUAAGGUGAAUCGUAGCAGAUUUCCACUUCUAUUGUGUUUUGUAUUUUGUCAAUGAAAUUCGUAAGCAAUUAAAAAAUGAAACAAGUAUCUACAUAACUAUAAAUAUAAUGUAUACACAAAUUAAGUAGGCACCAAACUUUUUUGUCGAUUAUUUACAUACGUACGUUCUACAUAUGUGUGUAGAGCAUACAUUAUAUAUUGGAUUAACUGAAUGUGCUGUUAUAAAAAAUUUUCUGAGUUUUAAUUGUUAAUUAUUACAGUAGAAGUAUGCAUGUUAAAUACCAUAGGAAAGUAUGUAAUGCAUACAAACUUAUAAACUUACAUACAAGUAUAUGCUAAUGAUUUUAAUACAAAUAUUUGAAAAGUUAAAUAAUAUUAAACACAAAUUUAUAUUUUAGAAAAUCCAAAUUAAUUAUAUUUCUGUAUACAACAAGUUUGUAAAAAUAAGAGUAUAAAGUUGUAAUUUUGGGAGUGUUUCAAAGCGAAUAGCGGAGGUGGUCUGCCGGCUUGCAUAUGUAUACAUAUGUAUGGUAGUAAAGUCAAUUUCACAUUUCAUGCUGUUCUUUAAGUAUUAGAAUAGAGCAAAUUUUAAACUGUUGCUUUGUGUUUGCUUUUUUAAACUUUAUGCCUUUUUUGUGUUAACUUUUUUGAAAAUCAUGGCCAUUAGAACGUCAAAGUUGCUUACACACACAUCAUUUAUGUACCAUAAAUGGAUUUGUCGUUGUUUCGAAUAAAAAAAUAUAUUAAAGCUGCCAAAAAUAAUUACAGUCAUUCCUGUUAACUGUCAAUAUUGGAUCAUCAAAGGCAUUUACGUUUAGUUAAAUUAAUUUAAAUACCUAAGUAGGGCCUAUCGUGUGCAUAACCUUUGAAACUGAUAGCGUUUAAACACUCCAAACAUGAUCAGGCCUGAAAAUGCAACAUUCUCGAUAUAACAACAUUUAUGCAAAAAUGUUGUAUUGCAAUUAAUAUUAUAAUAGAACAAUGCAAUUGGAGUGUAAAAAAGUGAAGCUUAUAAACAUUUCUAACGAAAAAGCAAAAUCUUUCUGCAUUUGCAAAUAAGCAAAUAAAAGCGUUUCAACGAUAGAUAUUUAAGCAUUUCAGUCGCUUUUUUUUAUAUUAUGGCUCGGAAAAUUAAAAUUUGUAAAUUCAUUUCAAAUAAAUUCGUUUCAACUUUUUUAUAUAUUUUUUUUUUUAACAAUACUUAAAAUUCGCCUUGAAACAUUCCAAAAAUAAAAAAAAAUACAAAUGGUGGAAUACCAUGCAGUACGGAAAAUUUGUAUUUCUUAUACCUACUCCGUCCCAAAUUCCUAAUUCAAUUUAGUCGAAAGCUUACAACCACAUCACACAAAAGCAACAACUCGUAAACAAUAAGCUAUAAUAUAGAAAUAUACAUAAAUAAAAAGGUUGUGUAAAAAAUUGUAAGUGUUAUUAUUUGUGUAAAACCUAUUGUUGUUCUGUUUCUGUAACUGUUCUGUGCUAUCGAAGUCUAGUUGAAAUCAUUACAAGAAUUGUCAAAAUUGUAUCUAUCUAUAUUAACAAGUACAUUAUUGUGGAACUCCAAGUGUAUAUUUUUGAAGAUGCAACUGUACAAGUUUUAAAUUGCUUAAUACUGCAGUAUUUUGAAACAAGUUCCAGUUUUGAAAUUUGUUGACUAAUUUACAUACAGCCAUGCUAUUCUAUCAAAUAUAAUUUAAAAAAAAAAACUAUAAUUAGUUUAAUUAAUGUUAGUUAUAGAAAGUUGCUGCAAUAAACAUUAUCAUAACAAUUAUUAUUAACAUUAAAUAUCAUUUUUAAAUGGUGGCAUAAAAUAAACGUAUUUCCAACCACUAUUAUAUUUGUAUGAAAAUGUCUUUAACUUGGACCAAAUGAAAUUCAGAAAGGACUGAGGUAGAUUUGAUUUUUUUUUUAGUUUCUAUCGCGCAUAUUUCAAUUGAAUGCAGGAAGUGAACUGAUGCACCUAGUUUAAAAGGUUCUUGAAUAGCUUUGAAAGACUUAAAUUGGUUUUUUUAUAUGGCUUACCCUUUUAAAAAUAUACUGACAUACAUUCCUAAAGUAAAUAAACUUCAAAAUAGUGAAUUAUUGCUUUUAAAUAACUUGAAACCAAUAAGGCAAUUGUCGCAACUUCGCAAUUUUAAAUUUUUAUCAAUGUUGUCAAAACUUAGUGCUAUUCUACAUGAACAAAAUUAGAUUUCAAAAAUGUUUUAAAAUAACUAACGAAUUUGAUAGCUACUCAGGUAAUUUUUUGACCCCACUCAGGCAUUUCUCAAAAUUUUCAAUACUAUGAGACACAUCUCAUAUUCUUCUUGCAUCUAUGUACACACAUAAAUAUAUAUGUAUAUAGAUUAAAGUUUGUAUGUUACUCAACAGUGGCAACAGAAAAGCUUCUAGCUAUUCCAAUAUGAAAUAACUGCUUGUUUUUUUUUAGAUAUUGUGCCUAUUUUGUGUUAGCAUUUUCAGGCAUCAUGCCAUUAGGACAUCAAUUUUUUUUUUUAAUGAAACUCUUCAUUUGACUUUUUUUCAGAACUAUAAAUAAAAGACCAGAAAAGCAAUGUGUACAUAAAGUAUAAUUGAAGAUAUGUUGAAACAACUGAUUAAUGGAAAUGCGUAGAGUAUUUUAAACACCUAAAACAAAUGUAUUAAAAA